AUAUAUAUAUAUAUAUAAAGGGCAUGAUCGCGCAUCUUUCUCUCUUGAGCCUAAGGAUAAUGGGAAGAAAGUAAUCAAUGAGAUAAAACAGUACAGAGAUUCUAGGAUGAUAACUGCUAUAGAGGCUGUGUACAGAUUAUAUGCAUUUAAGUUGUAUUCUAUGUCUCCACCUAUACUGCAGAUGCAGGUACACCUUGAGGGUAUGCUUAUGGUUGCCUAUAAGUCUACUGAUAACCUGAAUAAUGUUGUCAAGUCUGAAAAAUCACAGAGGUCCAUGCUUACAGAGUAUUUCAAUGUGAAUAGAUCAAACCCUGCAACUCGCCAAUAUCUCUAUAGAGAGUUUCCUGAGCACUUCACCUGGAACAAGUCAAAGAAGUUCUGGAAGCCUAGGAAGGUUAAAAGGAUUCAGAUUGGCAGGUUGGUCUAUGCAAAUCCUGCCGAAGGUGAGAGGUACUACCUUCGGAUCAUGUUGAACCAUGUUAGAGGUGCAACCUCGUAUGAGAAUCUGAGAACAUGGCGGGGUGUUACGUAUGCGACAUUUAGACAGGCAUGUGAGGUUAUGGGGCUUGUUGAAUCAGACAAGUCACUUGAUGAUUGCCUCACGGAAUCGGCUCAGUUCAGGAUGUCUUGUUCGUUGCAGAGGUUUUUCGCCACUAUAAUGAUUUUUUUGUGAGUGUACUAAUAUACGACGUCUUUGGGACAACCAUCUUGACCCUAUGUCUGAGGAUUUUCAUCGUACAUGUGACAACAGCUCGAGAAUUGAACAGAUGGUGCUUAGAGAUAUAUCAUAUCAUUUGACAUCUAUGGGCAAGGAUAUCAGGCACUACGGUUUGCCGGAGAUACACCUGACUGAGGAAGAGCGAUCAAGGGAUCAUUAUAGGGAACUUACUGAGGAGCAGAACCUUGGGUUUGAUGAGGAUCAUCUGAAGAUUGUUGAGACACUUAAUGCAGAACAAAUGGCUGGUUAUGAGGAAAUUCUUGAUCAUGUUUUGAAGAACAAAGGACAGGUGUUUUUGUAGAUGGUCCAGGCGGCAUCGGUAAAACUUAUCUCUACAAAGCUUUGAUUGCUAAGGUGCGGUCUAUGGAUCUUAUUGUUGUUGCUACUGCUCCAUCUGGUAUAGCUGCUUCCAUUAUGCCUGGUGGGCGCACCGCACAUUCUCGCUUCAAGAUUCCAAUAAAACUUAGUGGCAAUACUAUGUGUAGCUUUACAAAGCAGAGUGGCACAGCAGAGCUGCUUAGAAAGGCAUCUCUGAUAAUAUGGGAUGAGCUUGCAAUGACUAAGAGGCAAGCAGUUGAGGCUCUUGAUAGAUCACUUAGGAAUAUAAUGAGUUGUGAUAUUGCGUUUGAAGGGAAGGUUAUGUUGUUUGGUGGUGACUUCAGACAGGUUCUUCCUGUGGUGCCGCGUGGAACAAGAGCUCAGAUCACUGAUGCAACCUUACUGAGAUCAUACAUAUGGGAAAGUGUUCGGCGGAUCAGGUUGACCCAGAACAUGCGAGCUCAGGCUGAUACAAGGUUUGCAGAUUACUUAUUGAGGUUUGGUAAUGGGACCGAGGAAGCAUUUGAUGGUGACUACGUGUGGCUUCCUGAUGACAUUUUGAUUCACAAUCCUCCAGAGGAUGAUUCCAUUGACAUCCUUAUUGAUCAGGUGUUCCCGAAUCUUGUUGCUAAUUGCACUUCUACCUCUUAUAUGUGCGAGCGUGCGAUACUAUCCACCAGGAAUGAACAUGUUGAUGCCGUGAAUGCACUUAUGAUUGAUAGAUUUCCGGGGAAGCAGAAGAUUUUCUAUAGCUUCGACUCUGUGGAUGAUAACUCACGUAAUAAUUAUCCUCUUGAUUUUCUCAACUCGAUUACCUCUAAUGGGCUGCCCCCUCAUGAGUUGAAGGUUAAGAAGAAUUGUCCUGUUAUAUUGCUUCGUAAUCUUGAUCCUCAUAAUGGCCUUUGCAAUGGAACUCGGUUGAUGCUGAAAUUGUUAAUGGGCAGCAUGCAGGAAAGAGGGUGUUCAUAACAAGGAUACCAAUGUCUCCUUCCGAAGACCUCACUCUUCCAUUCAAGUUUAAGAGGAAGCAAUUCCCCAUCAGGUUGAGUUUUGCGAUGACAAUUAACAAGGCGCAGGGGCAGACCAUACCUAAUGUAGGUAUCUACCUCCCCGAGCCUGUCUUUUCACACGGACAAUUGUACGUGGCUCUGUCAAGAGGUGUAUCUCGUGAGAGUAUGUGGGUUCUUGCAAAGAGAAACAUGAACAUCGAUCCUGCUGGAAAGAGUACGAAGAAUAUUGUAUACACAGAUGUCUUGAAAUUGUGAGGUGUGUUUGUGCAGGAACUUUAUAUAUCCGUAGGAUGUAGUAAUUGCAUUUAUGCACUCAUAGUCAUGUGCAUGCAUGCUCUUCUAAGCAUAUAUGUUGUUCAUGCAGGUCACACGUUUGGAGAUUAUGACC